AUUCUCUCUCUCUCUCUCGAUGCUUUUUGCUGUAUGUUAACCGAUUGGCUGUUUAUUAGUUCUGUGCGCCCUGUACGGCGUCGUCUUUAAGCGCAUCUGGAGUGACUCUCUCCGCGUCAAACCCGCACGGACGGACAGGUCAUGAGGUCUCCGGGAGUCUGCGUCGGUCUACGGAGCUGCUGGGUCACCGGCGGGAUUCGGUAAUACGAACACCCCGCUUCAUCUCACCCCACACCCACGCGGACAGAAUCUGGGUUUUGCGCACUUGGUGAUCCGGUGCUCCCUCCGAGCGCUGCUGCUGCUGCUGCUACGUUAAAUCGGGAUUCCUUCGCGUCUGCCGCGCGCGUCCCGGUUCCGCGAUGGUUCUGUGUCGCCUGCGCGUCUGAUGAGUCCGCAGCAGCAUGUCCUCGCGGAAGAUCUCCUCCGAAUCCUUCAGCUCCAUGGGCUCGGACUACCUGGAGAGCCCCGGGGAGGACGGAGAGUGCCCGUUCUCGCGCGUCUUCUGGAACGGCAGGAGCCCCGUGGACACGCUCUCGUGUCCGUUCGAGGACGCGGCCGUCAGCAGGAGGCUCGCCCGGCGUAAACGCGUCAACCUGGACUCGCUCGGAGAGAGUUUGAGACGCCUCACUUCACCGACGACCCAGACAAUUCAGCUGGCCCUGCAGAGAACGGUGGAGAUUUACAGACAGAGGGAAAUCAGUGGACAGGAGUAUGUACGAAGCUUGUCAGAAGAGAAGAAGUGUUUGUUGGAGAACUCUUGCUGUGACAGCCAGACUGACAUCUCAGGAAUACUGAAAUACACAGCAACUGUUUUAGGCGUGGACUUUGCCGACAUUCGUGGCCGAUUUGGGGAGGAGUUCUUUGGUUUGUGUCUGGAGGAGAACGAGAGGGUUCUGCGAGCUCUCGGAGGAAACCUGCAGGACUUCUUCAACGGUUUCGACGCACUUCUAGAACACAUCAGAACAUCCUGCGGCCGCCGAGCGUCUUCCGAGGCUCCUUCUUUCCUAUGCAAAGACGCUCCUCAGGAGAACGAGGAGACGAAGGUGGAGGGCGACGGGAGACGGAGUCUCCUCCUCCACUGCUUCAACCCUGACCCUACUGUGGGCGUGGCCAUGCCGGGCUUGAUCCGAGCCGCCGCCCGGCGCAUCUACCAAUCAGAAGUUUCGGUGGAGGAGGCUCCUCCCACGUGGCUGCAUACGUCCAAUGAGGACAGCGAGCUCUCUGCUGACUCCUCCCCCUCUUCAUCUCCAUCCGCGCCAUCAUCGUCAUCCCCCACCUGUUUGUCCUUCCUCAUUCGAGAGGUUCGGACUCAACCCGCAUCCACCGCCGCCGGAUCUCGUCAGCUGUCGCGCUCGCCGAUGGAUUUGCGCAUCGGUCUGAGCACGUUUUGCAGGGCCUUUCCCUUUCACCUGGUUCUGGGACCCAACAUGGAGGUCCUGCAGGUCGGGGAGGGGCUUCGGAAACAGGCCAAGAGUGACCUGCACCGGACGCUCACCUUCAGCACCAGCUUUGAGCUGGUUUCUCCCAGAAUCCCUUGCUCCUUCCAGAACAUUCUGCUCCGGCUGUCCACGCCGUUCACCAUUCGUACACGAUCUGACGGGUCGGCACUCGACAGCAGAGAGAAGGUGAUGGAGCUCAAAGGUCAGAUGCUUCACCUCCCAGAAUCCAAUUCCAUCAUGUUUCUAGGCUCGCCGCGUGUUGAUAGGCUGGAGGAGCUCAUGGGGCGGGGCUUACAUCUGUCUGACAUCCCUAUUCAUGACGCCACACGUGAUGUCAUUCUGGUUGGAGAACAGGCCAAAGCUCAGGACGGACUGAAGAAGCGAAUGGAUAAAAUCAAAGCGACCCUGGAGAAAACCCAUCAGGCUUUAGAGGAGGAGAAGCACAGAACCGUCGACCUGCUUUACUCCAUCUUUCCCGGCGACGUGGCUCAGAGACUCUGGCAGGGUCUUCCCGUUCAAGCCAAGAAGUUUGAUGACGUCACCAUGCUGUUCUCUGACAUCGUGGGCUUCACGGCCGUGUGUGCGCAGUGCACACCGAUGCAGGUCAUCAGCAUGCUGAACGAACUCUACACGCGCUUCGACUACCAGUGCGGGAUACUGGACGUCUAUAAGAUAGAGACUAUCGGUGAUGCGUACUGCGUGGCAGGCGGGCUUCACAGGAAGAUUGACAGCCACGCUAAGCCAAUCGCCCUCAUGGCUCUGAAGAUGAUGGAGCUGUCAGAAGAAGUGCUGACGCCCGAUGGGAAGCCGAUCAAGCUGAGGAUCGGCAUCCACUCGGGCUCAGUGCUGGCUGGUGUCGUCGGUGUGAAGAUGCCACGCUACUGUCUGUUUGGAAACAACGUUACGCUGGCCAGCAAGUUUGAAUCGGGCAGUCACCCACGCUGCAUCAAUGUCAGCCCUACUACAUACCAACUUCUGCGUGACGACUGUGCAUUCACCUUCAUCCCUCGCUCCCGGCAGGAGCUUCCCGACAACUUCCCCAAAGAGAUCCUGGGAAUCUGCUAUUUCCUGGAGGCGGGGAAAACCCAGAACCACGCCUCUCUCACCAGCACUCGCUCCGCCCCCAUUCGGAAAGUGUCCUAUAACAUUGGGACCAUGUUUCUACGGGAGACUAGCCUCUGAGAUGGCCCCGCCCAUUCGCUAUGACAUCACGUCCUGUAGACUAGUGUUGCCUGUGGCAACUGGUUGCCCCGCCUCUCAACUGGAGCGUUGCCUCAGAGGCGUGACACCGAUGGAGCGGAGAGGAUGGCCCCGCCCCUGGCCCCGCCCUUUAAAGGAGCCAUGGAUAAUUGUGUUCUGAAAAUACAAUAAAACAAAUAUAUAUAUAGAUAUAUAUUUAAAAUAAAGCCUUCUGCUCCAUGGCAUAGUCAAACAUACAUGGUGUACACAUGCAAAUACUACAGAUAAACUCAUGUAAACAAACAGAUUUUUUGCAGCAUUGCAGGUAAUAGAAUUCACAUGCAUAACUUUGGUGCCUUUACAUCCCAAACACACACACACACUCCACAAACAUGCAUUUAUCACAUGCUGCCAUCAACCCCUGUUAAAUCCUUAAUGUGUGUGUGAAUCCUCUAUUUACCAUUGUUAGAUCCCUUGUGUUUGUGUGUGUCCUACCAUUAACCACUGUUAGAUUGUGUGUAUGUGUGUAUUUGCCCUCCAGUUAGUGUGUAUUGUGUGUAUGUGGGUGAAUUUGUGUAAAGAUUGAGGCAAUUUCGCACAUCUCACAUCUGUGGGAUGUUUUUAUUUUGGCUUUUAUAUUCGUAGCAGAAACGUAGCUGCACGAAUGUGCAGAAUAUGCACUGUUAACUAAUGUAAAGGAAUCGUUCACCCAAAAAUGAAUAUUUGCUAAAAUAUUACUCACCCCAAGGCCAUCC